GUUUUCCUUGGAAUCCAGGCCUCUCAUCUCUUACCCAUCGCCAUUUCACAAGACCAUCACACAUUAGGGUUAGCAGCAGGGAGUUCAUUGCCACUUACCCAAAAGCCGGUGAUUAGUUCCUGACGAGACGGUAAGCCCAAUGUAACAGGCGCUCACGUGACAUCAUCUAAAGAAUUCGCGCUAAGGCGUCGUUAAGUUAGCCGGGCGCUGCAGAAAUUUCGUCAUUCCCAAUGGCUCCUCCACCUCCGGGGAAAGAUUUGGCCGACUACACCGCGAAUGCGGGGAACGGCGGUCGCGCGGCGCAGCGGCGAGCGCAGCGGAACGAAAACGGCCCCAUGGCCGUGAUGGCUCCAGACGUAUAUACGGCUGCCUUCAUCCUCAUUGUUGUCCUCCUCAAUCUGUACAGAGCAUCUCUGUGUUGCUGCCGUUGCUAAAACGCAACCGUAUCUUGUGUCUCUCAAGGUGCCCGAGGAUGUGGUAAGCUUGAAUAUUUG